AUGGCAACUCCCUGGGUUGCUACCAUCGACGAGUCCCAGACAUCGGCAUCUGUCUCCACCCCGCGUACCAGUCGCUCUCAUCUUUUGGCUGGAUUGCGCACUGCUCCCAAGUCUGCGACAAUUCCAUCUGAGCAUCAGCAGCGGAGUGGUAUGGAAAGUUCACGAUUCACUGGGUAUCCCAACCGAGGGACGGACCGGGUCCCACAAACUGCCACUGGAACUGGAUUCCCACAGCACAAUUACACCAUGAGUCAAAACGCGAACUCGCACCGCAAUAGCUCGCACCACAACCGCAUGAUGUACACUAUGCCAGAGCAGGUACUUGCACCUCCGAUGCUUGAAAUGGCCGGUGACGAUAUUCCAAUCGAUGAGAACAUGUACGCGGAAUUGAUGUCAACCAACCUAUUCCUUGCUGCGCAACAGCAACGUCUGCAACAGCAGUUGAUCAGUGUCACUGCUGCAGCUCAGCAAUUCCAAGGCCUCAACCUUGGAAUGUCCCUUCCUCGGCAGCAACAGAUGCCUUCGCUCUCCAUUCCUGGCAUGGGAUUUUAUCAGCAACAGCUCCAGCAAGGCGUUCAGCCCAUUGUGCAACCGGUUCCGGGCCAACCCGGGAUGUUCUGCGUCUACAAUCCUCUGACUGGCCAACAAAGCUAUAUCAUGGAUAACAACUCCCAGGAAGAUCACCAGCAACACUUCUAUCAAGAUAAUCAAUCCCAUAUUGGCCAGCAAGUUCCCCAAUUCCGUGCGGAGAUUUCUCCGCCUGCGGACUCCAUGCAAUCGCCCAUGCAAUUCCCGCAGCCAAUCUCCCCCCAGUUAGCAGCCCCUCGCCCCCCCAUGAGUCGUCUACGAACAUCGAUACUACAAAGGCCAAUGUGGGACCCGGGCCUAGGUCUGCUAUCCUGCCCCCGACACCGGCCACUGGAACAUUUGGACCCGGUCAAAGUCGUGCUGGUGAGCAUCCGAUGCGUCAGCCCCGUGGUCCCCCCCUCGCUCGAGGAUCUCGUGGCCAAGCCCACCUCUAAGCACGAGGGUAGCAAGAACUUUGCGACCCGCCAGCGACGUCGUGCUGUUCACAACCUUGUCCGUGCAGGGAUCGAGCGUCGUGGCGACACACGUAGCUUUGGAUACCACAGCAGCGGAGGCACUAAUACUCCUGCGAGCGAGAAAGAGUUUACCUUCUCAGAUGGCGAUGAUGCUACCGUGCGCAGCGGGGGCAGUCUCUCCAGCAAGCCCAGUCUUGGCAGCCUGCGAGCAGUUGCUAAUGGUGCCAUUGGGUCCGAGAGAAGGGAAAAAUCUGGCCGUGAUCGCAAGUCCCCGGACAGUCCCUUCCACAGUGCCACUCCCACUAGUGAGGACGGUGGCUACUUUUGCUCAAAGUUUGUUGAUGCUCGCGGGGACUAUGUUCCCUCGCCUAGUGCCAGUGGCACCUCGUCGCCGUCGGUGGCGUCUGUUGUUGCUGGCCAGGGGCCGGCAGCCCAGGCACCAGAACGGCGCAAGAUGCCGAUGCUGGUGUUGUCCAGCGCUGAGAAACGCAAGACAACCUUCAUGUAA